AACAGAUCUAACAGUAAAUAGUAAAAGAACGCGGAACUUUCAGAAAAGCGUCGAACUUUGUGUUUAUUGACGUUACUUUGAUUACGAGAGAUAGUAAAUUUUAUGAGUGCAGUUUGGGCGGCUGUAAAGAGUCUUUCUUUGGGACCCCUACUGGUGGCGAUCGUAGCUGCAACCGCGGCAGUAAUUAUUUAUUAUUAUGUCAAUCGGGACAAUGGCGAGGAAAUGACAGAGACCACAGAGGACACCACCGCCCCCGUAGUGUUCGCUGAUAUCAGUAAAUUACAGUUAAGAGUGAGAGUAAACGAGCAGACAAGCCGAGUGGAGCUUGAAGGACCAGAACCGACCCUGACCCAACUCAGCACCCAGGUCAAAGAGGUUGUGCUGCCUUCAGCUGGACUUAGUAGCAGCAACGUUUUAGCUUAUAAGCAGAACACACCACAGCGUCCCACUGGAUUAUCUACACACCAGUCAGGCACCAGCAGCAGCCAUGCUACAUGUGAGACUGAGGAGAUUGAUAUGAACAGAGGUGAGGCUGAACAGGAGGAAAUGGGGCUCUUCAUCCCUGAGCCCAUGCUGUGCUGUGAACCUGAGAAAGAUAAGGUUCCUCGCUCUAUACAGACACUGUUCCAGACUGUGCAGUGCAACAGCACCUCAGACUGCCUGCUGUUAGCAGCCCACAUGUUUCUGCUGGAGACCGGCUUUCUGCCACAGGGUUGUGAUGUCAGAGCCGGAGAAAUGCCCAGUGGCUGGAAGGCAACAGAGGGCCUCUGCAGGCUGCGGUACUUUUACCCGUUCUGUGAGAACAGCCCAGUUCAGAUGGUUAGCAUGCUGAUGGGCCAAACACUUAUUAUAAAGAUCACUAUACAGACAACCGGUGCAGUAGAGUUUUCACAGAAGCUGGCACUGAAUCCUAAAGAUUACGUAAAUAAGGAGUGGGCAGGUGGAAACGCUGGACUGGUCUACAGAGAUAUGCAGAAACUGUCUCGUGUUUUUAAGGACCAUUUGGUUUACCCACUCAUUGCAAGAGCUAGAGAAGCACUGGGUCUGCCUGCACUGUUUGGUCUCACUGUGCUGCCCCCUGAGCUGCUUUUAAGGAUAAUGCGGCUGCUGGAUGUUCCCUCGAUCUUAAGGCUGUCUGAAGUAUGCAGACACCUGAACUCUUUUACUCACGAUGCCUCACUUUGGAAACAUUUUGUGUACCGUGAUUUCGGAGCUGACACUGAGCACAGAGACGCAGAUUGGAAUGAGCUUUACAAAAAGAAAUAUCAGCAAAAGAAGGCAUGGUACAAAUACAGAUCGAGGUUUUACGCUUCCCAUGCUACUCCUUAUCUCCGAGUGCCUGUCUGUCCUAUACCACCCAUUCUUCCGCAUAGCAUCAUCAGACAGGGGUUCAAUCGGAGACCUGCUAUUCUACGGGGUAUUGUGCUACGCCCAAGCUAUGAUCCUAUUGGCCCAUUUCUAGGUUACGAACUGCCAAUGGGACCUCCCUUUGGACGCCAGCUACUGCGACCUACUAUUCUGCGGGCCAUCCUGCCACGCUCACCCGAUGACCUUAUUGACCCGUUUUUAGUUUAUGAACCGCCAACAAGACCUCUCUUGGGACGCCAGCUGAGGCCAGGCGGGCGAGUACCACGCACCAGGAGAAGCUUCAUCUGAAACCAACAGGACAUUUCAGAAUCAUAUUACAAAAACAUUUAUGUGGACUGUUUUAAUAAUGCAAAUUUUACAAGAUUUUUAUAAAAUAAUACUAGAAAAAAAAUAAAAUAAAAUAAUACUGUCAAAGCACAGUGAACAAAUGAAGGAAACCCCAAUAAUAGUGAAUAGAAUUACUCCCGGGGGGCACGGUAGCUUAGUGGUUAGCACGUUCGCCUCACACCUCCAGGGUCGGGGUUGUGUGUGUGUGUGUGUGUGUGUGUGUGUGUGUGUGUGUGUGUGUGUGUGUGUGUGUGUGUGUGUGUGUGUGUGUGUGUGUGUGCGCGUGUGCGUGUGCGUGUGCGUGUGCGCCCUGCGAUGGGUUGGCACUGUGUCCGGGGUGUAUCCUGCCUCGUUGCCCGAUGACGCGAGGUAGUUCGGAUAAGCGGUAGAAAAUGAGUGAGUUAGAGAGAAUUACUCCUUGGCCUGUUUGUGUACAUCUUAGACGUCUUGACUCUCUUAACCCUGUAACGCCAAAGGUAUUAUAUUUGAUAACUGAGAUUCUGAGACCCCUGUAAUACCCGCAGUAAAAUAUACUUUCCUCAAAAACCUGUUGUAUACAAUACAAUCUCAUACCUGUGUCCUGCCCCCUAGUGGUUUUUCUCAUGCUCUGCAGACAAUAGCAGGCUUUAGGCUGUGAUUUCCAGUAUGGCUGCCUUCAUGGACUGACUAGAGUGUUUUUUGCAGGGAUACCUUUGCUCAUUUUGAAAAUGCUAUGGUACAAAUAGCAUAUAUGCUGGUACUGAUUUUUUAAUAUGAAUAUAUACUUUAUUGGAGCAAAUAAUAAUAAAUGUAUAUUUUAUACAGAAUUUUAUAGUACAAUGGUGUUGAAUAUGUGUAUCAAUACUUAAUCCUUAGUCAGCACUGUAUUGCAAUUCAUAAUGUAAUCUGUAUUACUCAUGCAACAGUGCCAAGUUCAAGUUUUUAUGUUUUAUUACUGAUUAAACUAAUUAAAAAUUAAAAUGUCAUCUUCAUAUAAUCUAAUGGAACUGAAA